GGUCAGCCCCGGCUCCGGGGAGCGCCCGAGCCGCCGUCCCGCGGAGAGCUGCUGAAGUCAGGGUUACAACUCACCUUGGAACUGGGGCGCCAGACCUCCCGUAGGCAGGGCGUUCUCCCGCCACCCUCCACCCGGUGACAUCAUGUGUUUAGGACUGAGUCUCUCCAUAAAAGCAGCCCGCGGGAAGCCAGGAGCCCAAAGAACAGACGUGCUCGCCCUGGCGCCCCGGCUUCGCGCACGAAGUCCCAGUGCGCGCCCCCCGCCGGCCCCAGCACCGGAGCCAGAGGGAGAGAAGGAGCCCAGCUGCCGGCAGCCCCGCGCCCGCCUCCUGCCCGGAGGAGCCGCCCGAAGAUGCCCCUCCGCAGCGUGCACGCGGCUGCCGUCCUCCUGCUCGUGGUCUUAAAGGAACAGCCUUCUAACCCAACCCCACUCAACGGAUCCACGUGGACCUAUAUAGGUCCCGAUGGGGAGAAGAGCUGGUCCAAGAGCUACCCAUCAUGUGGGGGCCUGAUGCAGUCCCCAAUAGACCUGCACAAUGACAUCCUCCAGUACAACGCCAGCCUUGUGCCCCUUGGCCUCCAAGGUUACAGUGAGUCUGCCGACCAGCAAUUUGUCCUGACCAACAAUGGCCAUUCAGUGAAGCUGAAACUGCCCCAGGACAUGCACAUCCAGGGCCUUGGGGCCCGCUACAAUGCCUCGCAGCUGCACCUGCACUGGGGAGACCAGAAUGAACCUCACGGCUCGGAGCACACUGUCGGUGGGAAGCACUUUGCUGCCGAGCUGCAUAUGGUCUAUUAUAACUCGGACCUGUACCCCAAUGCCAGCAUCGCCAGUGACAAGCCAGAAGGCCUCGCGGUCCUAGCUGUUCUCAUAGAGAUGGGCUCCUUCAAUCCAUCAUAUGACAAGAUCUUCAGUCACCUUAAAGAUGUAAAGUACAAAGGCCAAGAAGUGUCCAUUCCGGGUUUCAGCAUUGAAGAGCUGCUGCCGAAGAGGCCUGAGGAGUACUACCGCUACCGAGGGUCCCUGACCACACCUCCUUGCUACCCGACCGUGCUCUGGACGGUUUUCCGGAACCCUGUGCAAAUUUCCCAGCAGCAGCUGGUGGAUUUGGAGACAGCCCUGUACUGCACACGGGUGGAUGACCCGUUCCCUAGAGAGAUGAUCAACAACUUCCGGCAGGUCCAGAAAUUUGAUGAGAGGCUGGUGUACGUCUCUUUCCGACAAGGGCCAGACCCUACGUACACAGGACUGAGUCUGGGCAUCGCCCUUUCUGUGGCCCUGGCUGGCGUUCUGGGCAUCAGUAUGGUCCUGGCAGUAUCCAUUUGGCUUUUCAGAAGGAAGAAGAGCGGCAAAAAAGUUGCCAACAAAGGAGUCAUCUACAAACCGGCCAUCAAGCAGGAGACUAAGGCCCAUGCCUGAGGCCCUGGCACGCCCAGGCGUGUCCAAGGAAGGACUUGGCUUUGGACACAACCUGCUGUGGCUUCCUGGACACUUGAAAUACCGGAGGGUUCUCUGGAGUUCCACCCACAAGCACCCCAGACCCUUGGGGGACCCCACCAUCCUGAUGCCAUGCCACCCCCAGUGGGAGCGUGGAUGGGGAGAGCUCGCCUCGGAGGUAGGAGGUCUGAGCUGUCUGCUUCGCGAGUGUGAGACCAUGAAGUGGUCCGGAUUCUGGGAGCACAAACCCCGUCGCCCGCUGCGGGCUGUUACUGGUUAGAACACACUCUUAUCCAGGGCUUCACCUGAACGUGGUUUCAAGUGUCCCGGGAAUUCGGUUUCUCGUCCAUGCCUUCAGACCAGCACACGGACUCUCUCUGCGCUCAGACUUAGGCUCCGCUCUUGAGACUCAGUUUCCUUCCCCAGGGAAGGGCUUGUUGUCUGCUUUCCUUCUGCUAUGACAACACCUUUAGUCUGACCUUACAGCUGGGGGGACGGGGGUAACAGGAAGGGUCAAGGUGUCCGAGACAAAAAGAAAACAAGAGGGCUUCCCUGGUGGCGCAGUGGUUGAGAAUCUGCCUGCUAAUGCAGGGGACACGGGUUCGAGCCCUGGUCUGGGAAGAUCCCACAUGCCACGGAGCAGCUGGGCCCGUGAGCCACAACUACUGAGCCUGCGCGUCUGGAGCCUGUGCCCCGCAACGGGAGGGGCCGCGAUAGUGAAAGGCCCGCGCACCGCGAUGAAGAGCGGUCCCCGCACCGCGAUGAAGAGUGGCCCCCGCUUGCCGCAACUAGAGAAAGCCCUCGCACGAACCGAAGACCCAACACAGCCAAAAAUAAAUAAAUAAAUAAAGUAGCUAUAAAAAAAAAAAAAAAAGAAAAGAAAACAA